AAGGAGCGCUGCGGACCGCGUUGGGGCCGGUACUCGUUGAGCGAGAGAGAGAUAGAGCGAGAUAGAGCGGGGUAGAGAGAGAGAGAGAGAGAGAGAGAGAGAGAGAGUGUGUGUGUGUGUGAGAAAGAGAGAGAGAGAGAAAGAGAGAGAGAGGGAUGCUGUGUUCUUCUUGGAGUCUCCCUUCAACAUGAAAUCUCCUGUGUAAACUUCUCCUCAUUUCACUCUGACACUUCUCUACGCCUCCUGAAGAACAAUGCCAGAGCAGAGCAACGACUACCGCGUGGUGGUGUUCGGUGCAGGGGGAGUGGGCAAGAGCUCCCUGGUGCUGCGCUUCGUGAAGGGGACCUUCCGCGAGAGCUACAUCCCCACCAUCGAGGACACCUACCGGCAGGUGAUCAGCUGCGACAAGAGCAUCUGCACCCUGCAGAUCACGGACACCACGGGCAGCCACCAGUUCCCUGCCAUGCAGCGCCUCUCCAUCUCCAAGGGCCACGCCUUCAUCCUGGUCUACUCCAUCUCCAGCCGGCAGUCCCUGGAGGAGCUCAAGCCCAUCUUCGAGCAGAUCUGCCAGAUUAAGGGCGACGUGGAGAGCAUUCCCAUCAUGCUGGUAGGCAACAAGUGCGACGAGGCCCAGAACCGAGAGGUGGAGACCAGUGACGGCGAGGCCAUGUCCAAGAAGUGGAAGUGUGCCUUCAUGGAGACGUCAGCCAAGACCAACUACAACGUCAAGGAGCUCUUCCAGGAGCUGCUGAACCUAGAGAAGCGCAGGACUGUCAGCCUCCAGAUCGACGGCAAGAAGAAUAAGCAGCAGAAGCGGGCGGAGAAGCUGAAGGGCAAGUGCGUGGUGAUGUGAGGCGACGGGGCAGCUCUCUGGCAUGUGGGUCUUUGAUUCUCUCCAGAGGCUGUGCAUCGUGGGGGAAACACAUCAAAACAUACACUUACUUACCGGGGGAGGUUUGCACCCAACACCUGGAGGUGAAGGGGAGGCUAAGGACUCAGAUCACUGUUUUAAUGUUAAACACACAGUAGAAACAAACAAAUAAUGUUGAAACAAAUGCAUAAUAAAUCCUCCGGUGACUCAAACACAGCAUCAGUAGUCUCAGCUUUCAUGCGGAAGGAAUGGAUAAGCAGCGAGUCUGCAUAAGUGCAACAUUUAUACAUUAGUUGCCAGUGCUUGAAGCGUCAAACCAGGCAUUCUGUGCUGCAGUAAAAAAUGAACAUGAAUGGUGCAUGAGCCCUAUGGCACCCACUCACUCAUUAAAGACUACAUUUUUUACUCUAAAUUAAAUGAUGAAAGCCUCAAAGAGUUGCAUUUCGAUUAAAAUGGUAAAAUGUCGUACUCCAUCUCCAUCUCCAAUUUCAUGUAGGAAUAAAUGAAAAUUCACCUCCAAAAACAAUUCUAUACAUGAAGCAAUACUUCUGAAUGUUUAUGCUAGCUCCUGAAAGAGUUGAAAUGUGUCUCUGUUGGACAGGGUUGCAAACAUUACAUUUACAUUUGCAUUUAAAAACAGUGUUUUGGUACGUUGUCUUUUGCAUUACAAGGACAAUGUUUGUUAAUUGUUUUUCUUCUGUUCAUUAUAUCAGUUUCAUCAAAAUUGUAGUAUUAGACACAUUACUGACACAUUUACAUGACAUAUACUCUAUGCUUAUUCAUAAGGACAUUUUUUGUAUAAUACAAACGUGUCGUAACGUAUGUCUAAUAUCAUGGAUGAGUCAGCUGCAUAGAAAAAUGAGAAACUGCUGUUAAUGUUAUCCUAGAGGAUUGUACAUUUUUGCUGGUCCCCUGUUCACUUGGCUCCCGCAUGACCCACUGCAGAAGAUUUAUGUGUGCAGACCUCAUAGCCAUAGCUAGUAUUCUACUCAGAAUGAGCUUAUGGAGACAUUUUCUUGUUGAAGUUCUUCAGCAAGGGAUUCUUAUAAAGCUGUAGCACUGUGUGAUUUAUUUAUGGUACUUCCAGCAGACCGGUCGUCAUUGCGAGUGGGUCACUUUCAAUUCAGUUUAUUACCACUCUAUUUCCCAGAAUGUUUAUGACUGUGUAUAUUUUGUACUGAGCACCCUAAAUAGGGAAUCUAUUUGGAAAUAUGUAUUAUUUAUCUAUUUAUGUAAUAACUAAGAAAAAUAACUCUAGGAGAUAAAUAAUUCUAAGAGAAAUAACUAUGAAUCAGGGAACUUGUGCCCUGAAGUAAACAUUAAAUACGUAACGUCUUAAAAGCAAAACAACUUCAUGAAAUGAAGGGGAAAAGUUCUAAUUUUAGCCUUAAUAAUAGCCUUCAAUAUUUAACUUGUUUCUCCCCAGGGAUUUACAUAAACAAGUAUUAUGUUGCUCUGUGUUUAACACCAGUAAUGUUUACAAAGGUCAGUACUUUCAACCAUUCUCAACGCUGGAAGGAGUUUGUUGGUGACACAACAGCAGGUGUGCUCUAGCAAAAUGUCUGAAAUACUCGACCAAGGCACUACACACAAAGCACACAAUACACAAAAUCUGUGUUUAAAUCUUUCGAGAAUGUAUAAAUGUAAGAUGAACGUACAUUUUACUUAAAAAAAUGCUUCCAUUCAUUCACGUUCUGCGUACUUAGAACAUGUUCUUGUUUCACUUAAAACAUUUUUAAUGAACCUCAUCUUGUUUACUACACAAGUUUUUAAUUUUAUCACUAUAUCUUAGAAAUGUUAACAAUCUUUUAAGUGUAUUUUCUCAGUAUCAUAAUAAUAGAUCUGUAUUAUACUUAUAGUUAUAGCAUUAUAUAGUUGUAGUUAAGCAUUCAGAAAGAUUAAAGUUCAGAGGAGCAAAAUAGCCUGUGUAUGUAUUACUUAUUUUUUUACUUGAACUUUGUCCUGAUUUUACAGUCACCUUGUGUUGCUGCAUUGCCCAUUUGUAUAGGCAAUACCUUUAUAAUUUCUGAAACAAGGUAGUAUUGUAAGCUAACAUGACACUGUCAGAUGACAUGAAUAUGUUUUUAAAAUGCUGAAGCAUGUAAAUAAAACCAAUGUACAUGCAAGUACACAAGUUGAAAAUACAUGUAUACUGUGGAAUGCUUUCCUGCUAUCUGGAUUCAAUAUUAUACUACGAUAAAAUAGCAAGAGUGACAUAUUCUGCUUGGACUAGAAAAGGGCUCAAAGCCCAGCAUCAGAAACAAAUUUGUCUUUUGUUCAUUUUAAGAGCUAGGAUUCCUGAAAUGAUGUAUGUAUAAGGGUUUAUUUAAAUGCUUGUAUAGAAUCAUGCGUGCC